UUUGCAGUCGUCCACUUCAAGGUGUAUGUUUCUUUCCGGUAUGUAGGCUUCUGGCCCGCGUCUCCAGACUGUGGCUGUAUGCGCUCCUCAAUGAAGACAUCGCGGAUGAGGCUGUUGAUGAUAUUCGAGCUGACGGGCGCAUAUGAGCGCGACCACAGGACGACCCCUGAGGUCGUUAAUAUCUCGAAGGUAUCCAACAUGCUCGCGCGCCGCUGGAAUGCGGUUGAGGGGUUCGGUUGUGGUUCGAGUUGCGGCGUAUGACGACGUGGUGUUCUCGAAGUUGAGGUUGUGGUGGGCUUGUGCUCGGCGCCUCUCUGCCCACCUUCUUGACAGAUUUCACCGCAGGAAGCCCGAACUGAUUACACCACCCUUUUCACUAAAACGCCGACCAACACGUGCGAGACCUCAAAUCCUACGACUUUUUUGUGCCAAUUACUCGACAAGUCCAUUCUCUCUCCGGCCAGGCGUUCGUCACCCUACCCAAAAUGCAGCGUUCAGGGUAUCCCAACCCACCUCCCGCACACUCACCUCCGCUCCACCACCCCGUCCCACAGCACGUCUCUACAGUUCCGCAAUUACGGUCGCCUCCGCCUCCUCAACCUCCUUCACAGCCACAUGCAGGAUAUGGAUACGGACAGCAGCAUGCCGGGCCCUCUGCAGGCGGGGGAGCCUACAGCGCAUACCCAGCAUUUGGUGGCUUCAUGAACGAUCCCACAGCCCAGAUGGGCUUUCAAAUAGGCAAGAGUGCGGUGGAUGCAGGACAGCAGUAUAUGGAGCAGAAUUUUGGCCGCUACGUCAGCGUAUCCGCUCUAAAACACUACUUCAACGUCUCCAAUUCCUACGUCGUGAACAAGCUCUACAUCGUCCUCUUCCCCUGGUGGCACCGGCCGUGGUCGCGCCAGCAGCGCCUGUCCAACAACGGUCAGGAUGGAUACUACCUCCCACCGCGAGAAGACAUCAACUCGCCAGACAUGUACAUACCGACAAUGGCCCUAACAACCUACAUCCUCCUCUCGACCCUCCUCGCCGGCCUCCGCGGCUUCUUCCACCCGGAACUCCUCGGCUACACAGCCACCCUCGCCCUCUCGGUCCUCCUCCUCGAGCUCGUCGUCAUCAAGCUGGGCACCUUCCUCCUCGCCAUCUCCUCGUCGUCCCAGCUCCUCGACAUCGUCGCCUACUCGGGCUACAAGUUCGUCGGCGUCAUCGUCUCCCUCCUGCUCUCCGAGAUGCUGAGCUGGGUGUUUGGCCACGCGACCUUGAUCGGCUGGCUCGUGUUCCUGUAUUGCUACGCCGCGAAUGCGUUUUUCCUCCUCCGCAGCCUGAGGUACGUGCUCUUGCCGGAUCAGGCACAGGGGGGUGUCGGCGGCGUGGGCGGAGGGGCGACGGCGGCCGGGUAUACGAAUAGUCGGAGUCAGCGGAAUCGGCGGACGCAGUUCCUGUUCGUGUAUAGUUAUGUGGUGCAGUUUGGGUUCAUGGUGUGGUUGAGUAGGGUGUAGACUGAGGUUUGGGCGGUAAGGGAGGGGGGAAGAGGAGGAGGUUAGGUAUAGACAGGGGGAAGAGGAAAUUUGGCGCGGGAAAGGAAAACAAGGAGAGAAGAGGAGGGGAAUAGACAAACAAGUCUUGUUUUUGGUUGUGUGUGGUAGCUACCUAGGUAACUAUUGCUUCCCGGGUACAGCACCCUCAGCAAACGUGUAACAUACAUCCGCAUAUUCUAAACAUACAUAGCGUAGCGACGUCCCUUGAUGAUAGAUGCAAGGUACCAGACAGAGCCCGCUUACCUAUCUUCAAUUAUCCACACUUUGGCACUCC